AACAACAGAAGAAAUCGCCACUGUAACUGUAAAUACUAGGACCACCAUCCUUGGUCUAAUGUGAUCGUGCAAAUCUCACCUAAUAUGAGGAAUUCAAGUUCUUAGAGUUCAAUGGGAAACCAGUUUCAAACAUGGGCAUAUAGAAUCCAGUUUUAUAGAAUGUAAUGGGAAAUCAUUUUUUUAUUUUGAAGGAGUCGUGGAUUCUCUUAUUGAUGAAUUAGUGCCGUGUCAUUGAAUUUGGAGAAGACUCUGAAGCAUGUUAGGUGAUACAGUUGGUUUGGAAGGUCGACUAUUUAUUCACUUGAGGUUGAUGUGUUUGAAAAAAUUACAUAAUCAAUUUUAUCAGUCAAGAAUGAAAAGACAACCACAAGGGUUGCAUUCUUCUCGUAUACACUAUCAUAUGAUGAAUCAUGAAACCAUAUUUGAAUAUUUUUUUUGCAUUGCAUCAUGCAAUCCCACAUUUUCCUCUGUUCUGUGUACCUGAUUUUAUUCUUCUGCAAAUGCUGCUGCAGCCAGGAUUCGGGCUACAACAACUGCUCAACUGCAGCACACUGUGGCAGCUUGGGAGUUAUCCCAUACCCAUUUUCAGUCUCACAUGGAUGUGGGCACCCUGGAUUUCUACUGCAAUGUCAUGACAAUAACACCCUGCUGCUGAAGGUCAAUCAAGGAGUCUAUAGAAUAUUGAGUUUUAAUGCAUAUUAUGACCUUUCCUCAAAAUUUAAGAGACCAACAGCCACCAUUGCUGAUGAAAAUCUGUUUAGAAGUCCUUGUGGUUUUCCAAAUACCACUUUCAAUUCUAGUGGUUCUAGGUUCAGCCUUACUCGUGAAGACUACAAGGAGAUAGCCAACUUGUUGCUUGAUUGUCCUGACAUUCAACAGUUGCAGAAUGUGUAUUCACCUUGCAAUAACAGCUGUGCUUUUUGUAGAGAGCAUCACUGUUAUUUUGCAUAUUCUUAUGAUAGUACCAAGCUCAAGAAAUUCACUAAACAAUGUAAUUUAAUCCAAGUUCCCUUGAAGAACAAUACGAGAGCUAAUAAGAAGCCAUUGCAUGAACUGUUAUUGGAAGGAUUCCAAGUGGAAUGGAACGCAAGUGAUGGGCACUUUGUCAAGUGCAAGGGUUGUUUGGAAACUGGUGGCCUAUGUGGAUACCAUUACAGAAACAGAUUUGUGUGCUACUGCCGCAAUGGUGCACAUUUGGACAAUUGCCAUACAGGAAAUAGGAUUGGUGGAGCAAAGUCCUCCGGACUCAAAUCUCAGAUGGGAGUGAUAAUAGGAGGUUGCAUCGGAUGCAUGGUUCUGAUAGCUAUAGCAGCAUCCUACAUGGUAAUCUACAGGACUAAAAGGGAUUCGUCUUCAAGCACCCAUAGCCUUCAUGCAGAUGAGAUGAAACGAGCAUUAUCAAGUUUGAAACUGCCAGUUUUCAUAUACAAGGACCUCGAAACAGCAACAAAUUUCUUCGAUGAGAGCAGACAAAUAGGAGAUGGAGCCUUCCAUUGUGUAUAUCAGGCCACAUUAGGGGAUGGACAAAUUGCUGCAGUGAAGAAACUGUAUCUGGAUAACUCAAUGAGUACAGAGCAAUUUGUGAAUCAUAUUAGAAUUCUAUCAUCUCUGUCACAUCCAAAUUUGGUUCGCCUUAUGGGCUUCUGUCAACAUGGGCAUGUUCUCCUUUUAGUCUAUGAUUAUGCCCCUAAUGGUACUCUAGCUGAUCAUCUGCAUGGAAAAAGGAGAACACCACAAGGGCUACCUUGGAAGACAAGACUAGAUAUAACUUUGCAAAUUGCAAGAGCAUUAGAAUAUCUGCAUUUUUCUCUUCGUCCACCUGUGUUUCACAGAGAUGUUAAGUCCAGUAACAUCCUUGUAGACAUGGACUUCAGGGUAAAAGUUGCUGAUUUUGGACUCUGCGGACUUUUGUCAACUGAAGCAUCCUGUGUGUCUACAAUUCCUCAUUUAACACCUGGUUGUCUUGAUCCUGAUUGCAAUGAACCCUGCCAACUUACAGACAAAAGUGAUGUAUAUAGUUUUGGGGUGCUGUUAUUUGAGAUAAUCAGUGGUAUGAAAGCAGGGGACAGUGCAAAAAGCAGACGGGAAGUUAACCUCGCAUGCCUGGCAAAGUCAAAGAUCCAAAGUGGGGCUGUACAUGAACUCAUCGAUCAAAGGAUUGGGAUUGAAUCUGAUCCCGUGAUAAAUGUAAUGGCUAGGAGGGUUUGUGAAGUGGGGUUUGCAUGCUUGGCAUUGAAGAAAGAUGAGCGGCCAGAUAUGAUGAAAGUUGUUGUUCAGCUUGAACAAGUCAGACGAAUAGGGUAUGGUUCAUCUGAGUUGUUUUAUACACACAAGGAUAAAACGUAGGCCUGGUUUCUGUGCAAAUCGAUUAAUAUCCUGGGUAAUCCCUGAUUUUGUCUGCUAGCUCUAAGAACUAAACUUCUAACCUGCUAGUUGCAUUGCAUGGUGUUUAGUUUAUUGUUGCUACAGGUGGAUUGGGGAUACCAUGAACUACUUUGCCAUUUUGACUACUUCUAGGAUUUUUUCUUUGUUUGUUUGUUUGUUCAAGUGCUCCAAAUGAUUGAAUCCGCCAUGUGUACCAGGAGUUUGUGGCAUCUAGUUGAUAUAUAUUAAUACCAGCUGAAAUGUCUCCAGUUAUAGAAUGAUCUUCUACGUUGAAUGCCCAGU